AUGGCUUCACUUACUUCGAUCGCCACGCCUUAUCGCAGCUCUAGUUAUCCAUCUUCAUCGCAGGCUUUGCGAGUGAAUUACGCAAGAAACACUCUUUUCUCUGCCGGAGUUAGAUCUCCUGCUACGACUUCAUCAUCGCCUCUGACGAUCAGAAGCGCUUCAACCAAACCGAAACCAGCAGCUGAAGUCGAUUGGAGACAGAAGAGAGAGCUUCUCUUGGAGAAAAGGGUGAGAAGUGUGGACGUGAAGGAAGCUCUACGGUUACAGAAAGAGAACAACUUUGUGAUUCUUGAUGUAAGACCAGAGGCAGAGUACAAGGAAGGUCAUCCUCCAGGAGCUAUCAAUGUGGAAAUGUACAGACUGAUAAGAGAAUGGACAGCAUGGGACAUAGCUCGCCGUCUUGGAUUUGCUUUCUUCGGUAUCUUCUCUGGCACAGAAGAGAAUCCUGAGUUUCUUCAGAGUGUAGAAGCUAAACUUGACAAAGAGGCGAAGAUAAUAGUAGCUUGUUCAUCAGCAGGCACAAUGAAGCCGACUCAGAAUCUCCCUGAAGGCCAACAAUCAAGGUCACUCAUAGCUGCUUAUCUUCUGGUCCUCAACGGCUUUAAGAACGUGUUUCACCUUGAAGGUGGGAUCUACGCAUGGAGCAAGGAAGGCCUUCCUGUCGAAACUGAAGAAGAAGACUAA